GAGAUCUCUUUGGAACAAGUUCCGAAUCCUGAUGCCACAUGCGAAGAAGGAAGAGUUAUUUUCAACCUCGCUUUCUGACAAUCCCUGCACUUUUUAAAGAUUUCUUUUUCACGAUAAUUAGCCCGACUUUACGAGGAUCUAUAGAUACAAAUGGGCCGAGGCUAACAAGCCUGAAUUUUUAACAUUUACGUGGCUUUUUAAGGGAAGGAUCUGGGCAGAAAAUGGGAGAUAGCAUUGAUUGGACCAAGAUCUUUUGAAGGAGCAAAUGAGAAAUUUUACAUCAUGCUGGUCGUUCAUGAAAGUCAAAUCUGGCUGCCUAAGAAGACCAAGUUUCUAGAUUCUGGGAAAUGCUUAAAUGAUAUAACAAUUUUAAGCCCGGUUUCCUGGUCCUCAAGAUGCUCUUGCCUUUGAACGCAUCUGACCUCAGGAAUGGAUCUCUGCAGAUCAACUCUGGAGAAUGGAAUACGCUACGUUGGGCCGGUCUCCUCACCCUGAUAGUCAUCAUACCCACCAUCGGGGGAAAUAUCCUGGUCAUAUUGGCCGUCUCUUUGGAGAAAAAAUUACAAUACGCCACUAAUUACUUCCUGAUGUCUUUGGCGGUGGCCGAUUUGCUGGUUGGGCUCUUUGUGAUGCCGAUCGCCUUGCUGACUCUGUUGUUUGAAAGGCCCUGGCCGCUCCCUCCAUACCUCUGCCCCACCUGGCUGUUCCUGGACGUCCUCUUUUCCACGGCCUCCAUCAUGCACCUGUGUGCCAUCUCCCUGGACCGCUAUGUGGCCAUCAAAAAGCCCAUCCAGGCCAGCCAGUACAACUCGCGGGCAACCACCCUUAUCAAAAUAGCCGUGGUCUGGCUCAUCUCCAUAGGCAUCGCGAUUCCCAUCCCGAUUCGAGGGAUCGAAGAAAACGGCGCCAACUUUCCAAACUUCACCUGCGUGCUCAAGCCCAACCGUUUUGGAGACUUCAUCCUGUACGGUUCGAUAGCCGCCUUCUUCGUCCCGCUGGCCAUCAUGGUGGUGAGUUACUUCCUGACCAUCCGGGUCCUGCACCGGAAGGCUUACUUGAUCAACAAACCGCCUCAACGGCUGACUUGGAACACCAUCUCCACCGUUUUCCAGCGGGAGAUGACGGCUGGAUCCUCGCCGGAAAAAAUGGCCAUGCUGGACGGUUCCCGAAAGGACAGAGUUUUGCCGAACGGGAACGAAGAGAUGCUGAUACGCAGGAUGUCCGCCGUCGGGAAAAAAUCGGUGCAGUCCAUCACCAACGAACAGCGGGCUUCCAAGGUGCUGGGGAUUGUGUUCUUCCUUUUUCUGGUGAUGUGGUGCCCCUUCUUCAUCACCAACAUCACCUCCGUCCUGUGCAAAUCCUGCAGCGAGGAGUUCAUUCAGAUGCUGAUGGAGAUCUUCGUCUGGAUCGGCUACGUCUCCUCGGGGGUGAAUCCGCUGGUCUACACCCUUUUCAACAAGACCUUCCGGGAAGCCUUCGGCAGGUACAUCACCUGCAACUACCAGACUUCGGCUGCCGGCACAGCCUCUCGGAAAGCCUCCGCCAGACUCUCGUUCCGAAAUUCGGUGACCGAGAAUUCCAAGCUUUUUAUGAUGCACCACGGAAGGCGGAAUGGGGUCAAUCCGGUCGGUUACCCUAACCACCGGCUUUGUAGCUCGCCCAUCCAAUCUUCGUCGGCCGUUCUGCUGGACACGUUGCUCCUCACCGAGCACGAAGUGGACAAAACAGAGGAACAAGCCAGCUACGUGUAGCCCGGUGGUGGGAAGCGCACUCCCACCACCCCGUGUGCGCGUGAAGCCCGUCGGGAAACGCCAGUAUGUAUAUAUGGUUUUCAUCUGUUAUUUAUAUGAUUCCUAAUGGCAGUUUUAAGACUUGGUCUCCUCUUGCCCCAAGACCGCCUCCGUUUACUCCCGUGUAAGAGGUAAUGCAAACUUUCCAGCACUGUGGGUUUAUAAACGGAGGAGCCUCAAUAAAUAAAUACAACUAUGGCAAAUCUCGGCUCUCCUAUUCCUCAUCUCCGAUUUAUUUAAACAGACGCACACGCAACGUGACAAAAAGACAAAGGGCUACUUUUUUCAAAUGUAUGCAAGGUUCGUGUCUUCUACACAAGGAUGUUUAUGCUUAGGAACGAAGUGUGUAUCUUAAACUUAUCUAAGAAUUCAUUAGCGCCUUCUUCCCAAAGAAGAUUAAAGGGCCAGCUAUUGCCAAAUACUUUAGUUCUGUUCUCGUUGUCUACGGCAACGGUCCCCAACUUUGCGGCUUGGUGGCCCGGCUGGGGAGGAAGGAAAGAGGAACUGGGCCACGUGAGCCACGAGCCGGUGCCCACGUAGCUCAACUGCCGGCCUGCCACUCGCACAAUUGGAGCUGUGCUCAUGAGCGUCGGCUCUCCACUCGGCCGGCCACGAAUAGGCCCCAGCCGGGGAGUGGGUCCCGGACCAGAUAUUGGGGACUCUUGUUCUACGGGCAUGUUUCAAAAAUACAAAUCUUUCUAAUAAAUCUCACCUUUGCCAGUUGAAUUAUGCAUGUCUUCUUUGUCUUACCAAAUUGCAUGCAGGUAGUCCUUAUAUUAAGACCGGUCGCUUGGUGACUGUUCAAAGUUACAAUAGGAACACACACACCACCCCGCAAAAAGCUACUUACAAUCUGGAUGUAAAAGUUCCAAUGGUUACACCAACACCUGUGGUCACAUGACUGAAUUUUCGGUGCUUGGCAGCAGGGCUACAUUUACGGCCGUGGGCAGCGUCCUGAAGCCAUAUGAUUGUGAGUUAUGCUAUUUAUUUAAUUUUUUUUGCCAGAAACUGGAGUUCAGCUCCAAUUUGAGUCAAAAAAAAACCAACAACCCCAAUGCAGACAUUGAUCAUUUACUGACUGCUGCGUUAACGAUCAUGUGAUUCACUUAACGACCACUGCAAAAAAGUUUGCAAAAUCGGGUGUGGUCACGUGCUAAUCUGCUUGACCAGGGGUGUCAAACUCAAUUUCACCGACGGCCACUUCAAGGCUGUGGUUGACCUCGGGGGUGGGCGUGGUUGACUGGGUGGGCUAUGCUGGCUGAGGAACUCUGGGAGUUGAAGUCCACAAGUCUUAAAGUUGCCAAGGUCGGAGAC